AUGAACUUCAACAGGACUGACCCUUUGACCACCGAAUUUCUCUUAGGCGUUGGGAAUCAAGAGAAACCCUGUCCCUCGUAUUAUGGAAAAGACGAAGAUAAGAAAAAAGUCAAAAUGGUCCUUCAACAAGAGAUUCAUCCUGAAGUUCAUGCCAAAUGGGGUAAUCUAAUGUGUCAUUGCCAAAGGAUUCCCAAGAUCCGGUUAAGUAAAACUGCCAAAAAUCUCAACAAAGUAUUUCUCACCUGUGGUGGUUCCACUCAAAACGCUCGCUGCAAGUUUUUUCAGUGGAUCCACACCCCGUUGUAUCCAUUGCCUUCUGAUCCCAUGCCAGACUGGCUGCGAAAAACCUACAAACCAAGACCCCUCAAAUCCUUCACUAAAGAAAAUCGAGAGUGGAUGCGGCAAGCAGAGCAAAAUGCCGAGCGGUGGAAAAAGCAGCAAUCCAACCAAGCCUGGCUCAAUCAGUUUGCAGAAUCUGCCAAACAACAUCAUGAGCAACGAGAAGCUAAAAAAAGUGUUAAUCCUUGGAAGGCAAGUACAUUUUUUGCUAGCCCUGAGAUUGCCAAAGCCUACAAGAAAACCGAGGGGUGGAAAGAGAUCCAAGCCAAAAAAAGUGUCAAUCCUUAUAAGAUACCCCUGCCAAGUACCUUUCAUUGGAGUCCCGAGAUAGCGGAGGUAAUCAAGAAACGA